AUGGCGGAGACACGGCGAAGUUACAUUUUCUGUGCGUUUCUCUCGGGGAUUUUGAGUGUGCUGCUAAUUAUUGUCGCACUCGCUAGCGAGGGGUGGGUAGUAUCAACGGGAAGCACGGAUGAACAAAACAAGGACAGCGUGAUCAGAUAUGGCAUGUUCAAAGGAGAAUUGGCGUUACAUAUUUUCAUCACUCCCUCUUAUAAUACACUUUACAUGACAUGUUUAUCAGACAUAAAUGCGUGCGCUGUGAGCUGUAAGACGGACACGCAGGCGAGGGAAGACGAGGUACGUGCCCUUGCGCAGGGCUUCCGACCGAACUUAGCCUGCGUCGCGUUCACCACCGUUGACACCAGCAAUCCACUGCCCGAUCCACCGGUUAUAUCUUAUGGGGUAUACGUGAGUCUCCUAACUCUACUGUUUCUGCAACUGGCGCUGGCGACGCUGUCCGCGGCGCUGGCCAUACUCAACGCUACUAAAAAUCCUACAGAACCGAUAUUUGGCUUGCCAGGUUGUCUGUGGUCAAACGUCGCAACCACAGUGGUUGGGGUGACAUUCAUGUUGUUUUUCGGCAUCUAUUGGGUCACCUCGGGGUGGAAGGAGCACCUCGCUUUCUCUUACAUCGCGCUGGGCUCGCUGCGACCCGGGCCUGGCCUUGGGUACUCUUACUGGAUUCUGCUCGGUGCCAAUCUGUGCUCCAUCGCCAACGUUGGUUUAAUCGUGCUAAGAAACUACUUGCUGGAGAGAGACCCUCCCCCACCUACCAUAAAAGUAGAAAAUCACUCUGACGGUACUAUAUUCUUGUAUUAA